GCCUGUGCUCAUAAGUGUCAUCAUGGCUAGGCUUGCUGACUUCACUGCCUUUCUUUCUUCUAUUCAGGCUGAACUUUGUGCGGGCUCGAAACGCUUGUGGUUCUCAGCGAGCGCGAUCACAAUGGGCAAUUGGGGUAUAACAUCUAUGAAUAUCGAGAAAUGGGUGUCGAACGCAGAGUUGGUAGCUAUUUCUUGCAUCAACCCCUCACUCUCCAGCUCCGUCCAGCUCGGCGCCGAAGUCUCCCAGCGCCUAGCAUCGCUAAACGUUACCCUCAUCCUCGACAACUUCAUCCCAUUAGACAGCAACAUCGAGUGCACCUUCCUUGCCCAGCUGAACCAGUCCCUAGGAAAUUAG